AUGAAUGACUUACCUAAUUUGAAAUGUUUUUCAUUAAAAUGUUAUCAUUCAAUUGAUCAAUAUGAUGAUAAAAUUCUACUUCUCCUGCAUCGCAUGUCAUGUCUGGAAAAAUUAACUUUAUAUCUUCGUAUAAACAAUCGAAAUACGUUCAUUGAUGAUGCUCAUCUUCAAAAUGAAUUUUUUCUUUAUAUGCCACGACUUCAUUCAUUCACUUUUUAUAUUUGUACUUAUAUCAACAAUGUUAAUUCGAUUCAUUAUUUACCUUACGAAAAUAUUCGACAACAUGUGGCUAAGAUCGUCAAUUAUAUCAAUACUCACAAAGUUGUGUGUUCGAUUUUCUCACUUCCUUUUGCAUUCGAUCGUCUCGAAGCUAUUGGUAAUAUAUUUCCAAAAACCGUAUUCAAAUAUGUUACAUAUUUAUUGGUAGAAGAUAUAGUUCCAUUCAACCAUGAAUUCUUCAUUCGGGUUGGUCGAGCUUUUCCAUUACUGAAUAUUUUUCGUGUUAUAAAUGAAGAAUCACAAUCAUGUUGUAAUCUUAACACAUUUUCAUCUGAUAAUAAUCGAUCGAAUCCAAUUGCUGAAUAUCCUCAUCUUACUGUGCUUGAUCUGAGAAAUGCACAUUUUGAUUACGUUGAACAAUUUCUAAAUGAAACAAAGACAUAUCUACCUUGUUUAACUGAAUUAACAGUCUUUUAUACUAACUUAAGAAUUGCAACAAAAAAUUUCACAAGAGAAGAAACACGACGCAAUUGUGCAAAGGUGAAACAAUUAUUUAUGGUUAUACCAUUAGUACAUUCAAAAGAUUUCUAUCUUUACUUUCCUUCACUAUAG